AGUGACAGAAGGAGCAGUGUCGCUGUGAACCUGUGCGGAUACGGAUGUGGCAAAGCGGUGGCGCGCUGCUUGGCGGCUAAACAGACAAGUAGUUGAGAGGUUACCGUUGCAGUUUAUUAUCCUCAAGGACCCGGGUUCGAAUCCAGAUCUGGGCGAUUGGAACCUUACCAGUAAUAAGCCAAGUGGAUUCAUCUAGUGGCAUAUUGUAAAUUAAAUUGACAUGGACAAUUUGGCGUUCCACAAUGACGAGGGCGUCCCGGCCAGGCACCCCAAGAAAAUUCUGGCUCGGGCCAACUCGACCUUGACUCCGACCAACAAGUCGUGGCAUCUGACCCAGGCUUCUCGGCCCAAGCUAUGUCGCUGCGACUCAGUCUUGACGACCAAGCAGUGCUGUGCAGACGACGGUGACAACCACGUGGACGGGCCGACAUCUCUGGACUACCCGUUCUUCGCGAAGAAGUCCCCGACGAAGAACAUACUCAGCGACAACUCCCUCUGGACAAAAGAGUUCUGGUCGGAUAACUUCAGCAGGCUGCACGACACUUCCCCACCGUUCCACAAGUUUCCCGCCAGCAAGUCCGGGGUGGCUACGAUCUACGAUCCACAGUUCCUCUCGUCCAAGUUCGGCUACAGCGGCUCCCACCACUCCGGCGACCAGGGUGGACAGGGCUGGCGCUGGACCACCCCUCCCGGCCAGAAGCUAGUGGCCCUCCUGUGUGCUCUCCUCCUCACUCUUCUCGCAACGGGGAACAUCGUGUAUAUACUUAGGACGGUUGAAAAACCAGUGGAUUCUUCCAGCAAGGGUAACUGGGUUGAUGUUGUACUUAUCAGUGGAGAGUUCAGGAUAACCAAUGAACCCUACAGGGAGAGUCUUGCCAACCACACAACUGAUGACUUCCAGAAGUUGGCAGGCCUGCUCAGUCAUCAGCUGGACAGCCUAUUCUCGCUGAGUGUGGUGUCGGAGCCGUACCACUCAGUAGCAGUGUCCGAGCUACUGCCAGCACUACAAGGGCUGCUGGUGCGGUGUCAGGUGGUGCUGCGUGCCUCCACACAGAUCACUGCCAGUCGGCUGGGUCUCGCCUUCAUCGGGGGCCUCCGCAACCAGCACGGUCAUGUUUGGCUGGGCAACUUUUCUGUCGACAUACAAUCUAUCGGGUUUCAAGCGAGUGGGGAUGCUGUAACGUGGACAGACUGGUCUGAAUGGGGAGAAUGUCAGCUGACUCAGGAGUUUGGAUACGUACAGCUACGUUCCCGCAACUGUACGCUGCGCAGUGGUCUGUUCCUGUACAGCACGUUACCAUGUCUCUUAGUGCGCCACAGUCAUGGUAAUAUCGAGACAGCUCCUUGUGUACCUCCUCUUGUCGCAACAGAGGGGAGUUUACCAUUCGGUCACAUUGUACUCAAUGUCACCACGCCCCAGCUCCAGCAACUCAGCGUGUACACAGAGCCACAGCGGAACAAAACCAAGGACCAGACGGUCAUCUCGCAACCGGUCUUGCAAACAAACAUCACCUCUACGACUGAGCUGCCAAUCAAAAAUGAGAGUGUGCCAUGCCGAUGUGAUGUGGGGCAAGUGUGCGUAGCAUUAGUGGAGCAUGCGGCACCACAAUGUUUACCGAUCCUAGACACCACCGAUCCCACAGGUUGCGGAGGUCAUUGCAAAAUAAACACCCAACUGUGUCAAAAGAUACAAGAUAAUGCUUUCAGGUGCGUAGAUGAUUCCAAGUGUCUUGAAGAUGAGUGGCAAUGCGGGAACAAGCUUUGUAUUCCCCAGAGCAAACGAUGUGACGGACACUUCAAUUGCUACGAUCACACGGACGAAUACAACUGCGAUUGCAACUUGACGUCACACUUUCAGUGCGGGCGUCGGAUGUCGUGUCUGCCGCUGACAAAGCGGUGUGACGCCAUCGUCGACUGCUGGGACGCCACAGACGAGCUUAACUGUACCAUCCAUUGUCUUGGAGCAGAGCAGUUUACUUGCAAUGACAGCCAGUGCAUCCCCAACCACAGAUUCUGUGAUGGUUUCCCAGACUGCAAGGAUCAUUCAGAUGAACCUUUCGGCUGUGGAGGUGAAUGUAAGACCCAUGAGUGGAAAUGCAGCAACUCCCGAUGCGUGCCACAAACCAAGCGAUGUGACGGAAUUGAUGACUGCGGAGACUCAUCAGAUGAGAGCAACUGCCCAACAGUCACGCCGGAAUGAACCUAACCUCACCUCACCUCACCUAGACCAAAGAAACAAACAGUAUCUUAAACAGAUCUCUUCAUUUUGACAAGUUUUCAUGUUGUUCCUAGUCAAAAACAUAUGUUUUAAAUGGACCAAUUUUUUCAAUUUUAAAUCUUAAGAGAUUGUAUUUUUCUGAAAGUUAAAAAUAAUAAUAAAUAUGAUGUGAACCAUUUUCAAACGAUAAAAAGAUGGGCGUUGACAUCAAAAUGUCGGUUUUCACUAAUUGACAAGAGUUGUGUUUAUAUUUGUAUACUACUCUUCUAUAGGGUUCUAAACUGAGCAUAUUUUAUUUUACGUUUUAAGCAUUGUUAGUAGCCUAGGCUUUUUGUACUAUAUUUUUAAAUAAAUGAAAUUGUCUAUUAAUAUACACUUUUUAUUUAAUAUGAUAAACAGACUGUUAUUAAAUAAUAGUUAAGUUUUUAAAAUUGCUGUAAAAAUUACAAUAUAUGACACACUGUUAUGUUUCGUCCAUGAAACAAGUUGGCAUGCUACUGGAUUGUAUCCUUAUACAAAUGGUUUUAUAGUACUUCCCAAAUUUUACUCUGUGUGUACCCUUUAAAUAGUUCAACUACAACAUUAGAUUGUUAAAGUACAGAAGUAGGUAUAGCUACCCAUACUUGAUAAUAUAUUUCAUUGUAAUUGAAAUACUUAGCCAGAACAAUGAUUUCGUUCAUUUGAUACAUUGGAGCGCCUUGCAUUACAAGGAAAAUCAAGGCUACUUGCUUAGCAACAAAUUUGUAAUAUACAAGAGAAUUAAAUAAUCCAAAAUUAUGAAUGUCUUUAAAAAUAAUAAUAAUGUAUAAAAGCUCCACUUCCUUAUAUACUUUAAACGAGUUUUAUAAUAUUAAAUUGAUUAAUGAGAAAAAUUAUUAACAUUUGUGUAAUUGAUAUUAAUAGUAUACACUACAUACUCGUAUUAAGAAAAAUAAGGAUACAUAUAUAAUACAUAAAUACCAUAACAUAAGGUGAUCAUGUCAAAUGCUAACUUUAAUUUAAUUUUUGAAGGAUAAGGGUAAGCAUUGUUAAAAGAUUUUUAUGUGAAUCUGGAUGUGAAAUGAACUUAGAUAAUAUGAAGUUGAAGAAAAUUUUUGGAUUAGGUUAAAAUAGGACCUACAACAUUAAGUCACAAAUAUGACACGAUUUAAUAUUACUGUUCAAAAGUAAAUACAGUAAUGGCAAUAUAUUUCCCAAACGCUUUACAUACCACACAGUAUAAAUUGGUAUUUAAUUGUUUAAACGUUGAUAACAUUUUUUUGCUCGUAUUAGAUUUACUUUCUUAUAAAAAUGAGAUUGAAACCAGGAGGAAAUCCCAGCAUAGACAGACGUCCAGGGUCUUUGGCAGGCAAUAUUUUUAUUGAGACAAAGUAAUUUACGUUUUAAAUAGCUGCUGAGAAAGAUUAACCAGAAAACAUUUCCAGUUAUGUAGCUGAUAUCUCAAUUUGAUCUAAAUGCCAGGAAGAUUUAUAAAACAUAUUGUUAUCAUUAAUAAUGGAAAAAGAACUUGAAGAUUUUGUAAAUACAGUACAAACAAAUAUAUUUAAUAUAUAUUUUCAUCUUUUGACUCAAUUUAAUAAUUAACUGUAAGUUUUAGUUUUAUUUGGAACUUAACUGUGUGUGGGUCUUGAGUUAAAUAAAGAAACUGAUGUGCAAAACUAUGAAGUAUCUUAAUACAUGCAUAGCGGAGGCAAUAUCCUUCCAUUCCCAGAUAUAAUUUAUUCUGAUGUAUUAGCCGUUCUAAAAACAUUUCUGUUUAGUCCUGUAAGCUGUUAUAGAUUAUAGUAUUGUAAUUCUCAAUUUGUUGUGAGAGAGUAAUACUACGAUCUCUCUCCUUACGCAUAGUAACAGUUUCAUUACUCUACUCUCGGCCUAUACCUUACAUGCCAUACCACUUACGAGUCAUGUUGAUAUAACCUGAAAGCUGUACACCAAAGAGAAAUACCAUUUCAACAGAUUUUACAUUGUUCUGACUAUACAACUGUAAGCAACAGCUAAACAAUGCCAAUGUUAAGAAUUUAAGAGAUAUAUUAAACAAUUUAGGAAAAUCCAUUUACUCUGUAACUUGUAAUGGUAUCUGUAAUUGCAAGAAAGACAUAAACAAGCAAAUUUAUUUUGUAUAAAUUUGUUUACCAGCUAUUUGUAAAUUAGAAAAUUAUCAUCGAAUUUAACACUGUUACAAAUAUGUUGUUUUGUACAUUUAUGAAAAUAACUACACAUUUAAAUUCAAUGUAUUCUAAUCAUAACACAGAUGUAUUAGUUAAUCGAAUACAAGUUUGUUUCUGCUGCAUCAAAAUGAAUUGAGUUAGCAUUACAAAUCAACACAAAUGUUAUUAACAAGUUUGUUAUUAACAAGAAAAUAAGAAGUCUUAAUCUUGAGGAAUGAGAAGAUUAGAACUCAUGCUCUAUGUGGUUUACUGUGGUUGUGGGGUUAAAUAUUGAAUCAUGUUCAAAUUGUAUGCCAAAGUAUUAGUGAUCCCAAAAACUAUAUACUUAUGUGCAUAAUUGUAACAGGUUAUUAUAGAGCUAUAAAAAUCUCUGUUGAAAUUUAAACUUGACACCUCAGAAGAGUUACCCUAACCUAGACUAAAGACAAAAUAACUAUGCUCAUAUAAUUGUUAAGGUAAUAUGUAUUUUUAAAAAUAAAUCUUUUUAUCUCAA